GGUGGCGCCGCGAAGAUGGUCGCCAAACAGCGGAUCCGUAUGGCCAACGAGAAACACAGCAAGAAUAUCACCCAGCGCGGCAACGUAGCCAAGACCUCGAGAAAUGCCCCCGAAGAAAAGGCGUCUGUAGGACCCUGGUUAUUGGCUCUCUUCAUUUUUGUUGUUUGUGGCUCUGCAAUUUUCCAGAUUAUUCAAAGUAUCAGGAUGGGCAUGUGAAGUGAUUGAACCUUAAGAUGUUUCCAUUCUCCUGUGAAUUAUAACUUGAACUCAUUCCUGAUGUUUGAUACCCUGGUUAAAAACGAUUAAGUAAAGCAUCCUGCCUCAGAAUGACUUUUCAUAUCAUCCUUCAUGUGUCAUUCCAAGGUUUCUUCAUGAAUCAUUCCAAGUUUUCUAGUCCAUACCACAGUGCCUUGCA